AUGAUAUCUUUAUUUUGUAAUUUAUUGAAUCAUGUUGGUAAUAAAUUAAAAAUUCAUAUUACAUUAUCAUUGCUGUUGUUGUACUUAAAUGUUUGUAUUUAUAAGACAAAUAAAAUAGUAACUUUCAAGUCUAUUAAUAAUAAUCUCUUUAUAUAUCGAAAUAAUGUAAGUUUUUUAAAGAAAAAAUUUCUUUUAAAAAAAAUAAAUAAAAAACAAAAUAAUUGUUCCAUUUUUUUGAAUCAUCAAGUGAAUAAUAAAAUAAAUAAUCAUGGAAAAGUAGAUAAAACACAAGACGAAAUUAAAAAUAAUUCAGUAAAUGGUAUAGACGAUAUAAAUGAUUAUGAUAUAGUAGAUAGUGAAGAAAAAACAGUAAGUGGGAAAGAAAAAAAAAAAAUGGAAAGUACAAAUGCAAAAAAAGAGUUUGCUUACUUUGAUGAAAUAAAUAAAAAUAUUGUAAAUUAUUUAGAAAACAAAGGAAUAAAAUAUAUGACAAAAAUUCAAUCUGAAAGUUUUAAUCCAAUAUAUAAUGGUAAAGAUAUUAUAGGAAGAUCAGAAACUGGCUCAGGAAAAACAUUAGCUUUUGCUUUGCCAUUAGUAGAAAAAUUGCAUAAAAUAAAAAAUGAAAAAAAGAAAAUGAAUGAAGUAGAUGAUACAUAUGAAAUGGAUAAUAAAAACCCCGUUGUAUUAGUAUUAGAACCUACUAGAGAAUUAUCUAAACAAGUAGAAAAUACUUUUAAAGAAAUAAGUCAAUUUUAUAAUUUUAAUGUAAUAUCUAUAUAUGGUGGUGAAAAUUAUAUCUAUCAAGAAAAAAGAUUAAAAAAAGGAAUUGAUAUUCUAACCGGAACACCUGGUCGUAUAAUUGAUCAUAUAGAAAAAAAAAAUUUAUCUUUACAAAACAUAAAAUUUCUUGUCUUAGAUGAAGCAGAUGAAAUGUUGAAUUUAGGUUUUACUCAUGACAUUGAAAGAAUAUUAAGUCAUAUAAAUUUAAAACAGGCUCAGGUAUUAUUAUUUUCGGCAACUACUCCAUCAUGGAUAAAAGAUAUUUCUUCAAAAUACUUGAAAGAUCCGUUUUGCAUUGAUGUAGUUGAUUCAUCUAAUAAAACAUCAAAAAAUAUAAAUCAUAUAGCAAUUAAAACACCAUAUGAUAUAAAGGAAAAAGCUUUACUAUUAGAAGAUAUUAUUUUAGUUAAAUCGAAUGGUGGACAAGUUAUUAUCUUUACAAGAACUAAAUUAGAAGCAGAUAUUCUGUGUUCAGAAGGAUCUUUUAAAUCAUUAACUUUUUCAGUUCUUCAUGGAAAUAUUGCUCAAUCCACUAGGGAGUAUACAAUGCAAAGGUUUAGACAAGGAAUGUUUCAAAUUUUAAUUGCAACUGAUAUAGCUGCAAGAGGACUAGAUAUAAGUAAUGUUGAUUUAGUUAUACAAUGUUUUCCUCCCAAUUAUUCAUCUAUAUAUAUCCAUAGAGCUGGAAGAACUGGGAGAGCUAAUAAAAAAGGAACAUCUUUGGUUUUAUUCUCAGACGAAGAUAGACAUGAUUUGAUAAAAAUAGAAAAAAGUUGUGGUAUCAAAUUUAACAUAGAAACAUUACCAAAUAACGAAGAUGUUUUCUCAUGUGCCUCUAAUCUAGCAUCUAAAAGAAUUGAUAGUGUGAAUAAAAACGUCUUACCUUUUUUUCAUAAAACUGCUCAAGAUUUAAUUGAUAAAUAUAGCUCAAUGAAAAUUGACCAAAUAGAAUUGAUAUCCAGAUGCUUAUCUGUUAUUACGAAAAAAGAUCAUAUAAAAAGGAGAUCUUUAAUUAGCGGAUUAUAUGAAAUUGUUACUUUGUGUUUUAUUAACAAAAGUAGAAAAUGGAGAAAUGAAGAUGAUAUUAUUUACUGGAUUAAUAAAAUUUCAAGUGAAUUAAAUGUUAAUACAUAUAAUAAAGUUCUCCAAGUAAAAAUAGACAAUAAAGAUAAAACUUCAUCAUAUUUUGAUUUAAAUGAAAACUUGGCACAAUUAUUUCUUCAAAAUUUUAAUAAUAUGUCCAAAAGUGAACAUAGGGAAAUGCUUGAUUUAUUCAUUGCUCAAAAAAUACCUGAGCAUAUAGACUUAUCAUAUGAUCAACCCUUUCGUAGAUAUCAAAAUAAUAGAAAAAAUUAUUCUUAUAGAAAAAGGAGAUCUUAUUAUUAA